AUCUCCUGGGAAUUCCCAUCCCCCAUUUCUCUUUCUCUUCUCACAUCCCACCCUCAUCUACCGUGAGAACACCACAGAACCCACAACCACAGACAUCACUCAACCCUCACCCCACCCCAAAACAUAUCCACAGCUCAGGAUGUCUGACAACAGCGGUGCCCUCCCCGGCUUCCCCAGCCCUUCCCCCAUCACCUACACCACCAUCAACAGCACCACCAGUGGUGCCAACAACGCUCUCGGUCUCCUGCUGUUUGGCCAUAGCGGUGUUUUCCCCGCCUCCUCUACUCCGUCUGCUACCACCUACACCCCCAUCACCGGUGACGGCAACGUUCUCCUCGGUCACCCGCUUUCUGCCCCGACCCCCUCUCCCACCCGUAGUGGCGACAAGCGCAAACCCAAGCGCAAGGCGAGGUCUUCUGCACACGCCUCCAACACCAGGGGCAUCAAGGCGAGCGCAGCCGAUAAGAACAGACACCCUGAGAACUACAUCCGUAUGCCCGCCUCAUGCGAGCACUGCAGGCAGCAACGAAAGAAGUGCCAACGAAACAGGCUCAACGCCUGUAUCCAGUGUACCGACGAUGAUUGCGAGUGCAUAUUUGUGGUCAAGGGCAAGCCAGGCGCGAAGAAGACUUCUAGGGAGCUCGUCGCUUUGGCACGUAUGUUCUCGGACAGCGUCAUUGCCGGCAUGCCGUCUACCCCGUCUCUUGCCUCGUCUUCCAGAGCGCCCUCUAUGAGUUCUAUCACCCCCAUUACACCGGCCAGGUCCACCGUCGAGCUCAGCUCCGGUUCCUCCUGUGCCAGCGUCUCUGCCGGCCUCACUUCCGGCUUCGCCACCCCUCACAUCUUCAAGCCCUUCGUGCCACCCCCACCCGCCAAGGUCGUCGUGGCUCCCACUCCCAACUUUGCCACCUCCAACCGCUUUAUGCCUUUCGUCCCACCCACUAAGCAUGUCAUCGUGGCUCCCACUUUCAAAUUUGCCACCUCCAACCUCUUUAAGCCUUUCGUCCCACCCACCCAGCAGGUCGCCGUGGCUGUCCCACCCACUCGCGUCAUCGUGGCUCCCACUAUCGCCACCUCCCACGGCUUCAUGCCCUUCGUCCCACCCACCCGGAGCGUGAUUCUGGCCACCCGACGUCCUGCCGCUGUCGACACCAACGGCAUGUUGACGGGAAGCCAGCUUGCCGCACGGCAACAGGUGUUGUUCGACAAGGUCGAUUCAUGGUGCUCGGCCGUGACUGCUGCUCAUGCCAGCGAGUCUGUUCCCUACCAACCUCCUACCCCUCGCACCACCCCGGUCAAGCCGACCUACGUGCACCCUGCUGACGUCUUUCCCGCGGAGGCUCCGCACUUCUCACUCAAGAACGAACCGGUGCCCUCUGCCAUGCCUUCUGUGGGCGUCUCUCAGCCCGAGUUUCCUGCUGUCAUGAAUGAAGGUCUUUCUGAGAGCGACAGGCGGGACUUUGACGAGUUGGUGAUGGAGUUUAAGGAUUUCGGUGAUGAUAUCGUCUCCGCUCCAUCCGAGGCUCCCUGCAGCAGCGCUCUCGCUGCUCUCCUCCCAACUCCAGACACUACACCAGUCAGUCCUACAGUCGACAUAUCUGCUAUCAGCGACUCUGCGGACAACUACUCCCACGCCGACUCCCUGGGCCCCCAACCCACACCUUGGUUCGGCGCACCUCAGACCCAAGUUGAAGACGAGGCUGCUCCGGAAGACAAGAGCUUUGACUGGGGCAUGUGUUGCAUGGGGGAGAUGGAGAUGGGCGAUGACUGUGCUUUGGGGCCCAUCGAGUCGCCCUUAAACACCACACCCUUCGGCGAAUUCUUCACUCCGCUCGUUUAGAAAUCGACGGAAGGUAAUUUCGAGGACGGCGAGCGGUUGAAUUGAAGAGAGUAGUAGGAACGGACUAUUGGUCGAGCGGUGGGAGAGAGGGCAUUGAUUCCACAUUUAGCACAUUAUCGAGUAAUUUGCCUAUAUAAGAGGG